ACGUUUUACGUAUUGCUAGUUCACAAUAUUUGAGUAUUUUUAAUAAAAUGUAAAUUUUUAAUUUUUUCCCGAUGCUGUUCGCUGCUGUUGUCCGCACUGUUCUUAUGACAUCAUAGGCGUACCACUAACACACCGCUACUGUUCGGCUGUUUGAUUCUCACGUUUAAAUACGAUUAUACGAAAACAUACCGUGAUCCGUGAUCAUAAUUCACUGAAGUGCCGACUAUAUGGACAAAAAUAGUAGGCCAUUUUGUGGUGUUUAGAAUAUGUAGCCGUUAAAUUUCCAGCAAUUGACACCACCAGUCGUCGUUGUUUGCUCAAACACUCGCAAUGACGGCUAGCACGGACGCAGCUUCAGCUUUACCCACCACAAAGGUGAUACAGGUAACGAACAUCGCACCACAAGCCACCAAAGAUCAAAUGCAAACAUUGUUUGGCUGCAUUGGCAAGAUCGAGGAUAUCAGAUUGUACCCUCAGAUACGUGAUGUGUCUGUACCCGUCCAGUCUCGUAUAUGUUACGUCAAAUAUUUCGACUCGCUGUGCGUAGCUGUCGCUCAACAUCUUACGAACACUGUGUUUAUAGACAGAGCACUCAUCGUCACGCCCUAUCAAUCUUCAGUUGGUGACAUACCAGAUGAAUAUAGGGCGCUGGAUAUUGCCAACCAAGCAAACAUAGUGCCUGGAUUGUACCCUUCCGAUCCUAAAUUGCCAGCUCACGUCGUCAAUCAAAUCGAAGGGAUUCCUCCUAAUCAAGUAAUAGUUACGAACGAUCCGGUAUUGGCAUCCAAUGGCUUACCACCAUACCCACAGUUGCCAAUCACCUAUGAUUCAAGACGAAUUGAAGAAAUUAGACGUACCUUAGUUGCUAUAAAUGUGGAUGAAAAUGUAACUGAUGAAGAGCUCAUAGGAUUUUUCCAAAAAGCUGGCGAUGUCAAGUAUGUCAGAUGGUGUAGUAGAGAAAACGAUAUCACUCGUUAUGCUCUUGUAGAGUACUCGGAACAAGCUAGUGUUAUAGCUGGAUUAAAACUCAAUGGAGUUCAACUUGGUUCCCGUCCUGUUCAAGUAACACAUGCCACUCAGGCUAUUGCUAAACCAAUGGCCAAAAGUAAUGAAGCAGCCCAAAGAGAAAUCGAAGAAGCCAUGACUCGAGUUAAAGAAGCUCAAAGUUUGAUUUCCGCAGCUAUUGAUCCUGUCAUUGGAAUUUUAUCUAAAGACAAAAAACAUGGUCAUUCCCAUCGUAGAUCACGGUCUAGAUCUCAUGGUAGGAGUCGCCGUAGAUCAUCAUCUAGAUCACGUAGAGGACAUUCACGUUCUCGUAGAAGACGAUCAAGAUCACGUUCUAAAAGGCGCUCUAGAUCAAGGAAAAGAUACAGGAGUCGAGAUCGACGUUCUUCGAGAGAUAGAAAAAGAUCACGGUCCAGGAAAAAAUCAAAGUCUAGAGAUAGAAAACGCAAAUCAUCGAGAGAUAGAAGAAGAUCAAGAUCUACAUCCAAGUCUAGACGUCGUUCGAGGUCUAGAAGUCAUAAAAAAGAUAAGAAAUAUUCUUCUAAACGAAAAGAAGAUAAAUCAGAAAAACGAAGAGAAAAAGACAAAAAGAAAGAGAAUACUCCACCUAUUAUACCAGAAGUUGAAAAGAAAAAUAAAUCUGCUACACCUGAUAAAGAAAAAUCUAGAUCAGCAACACCACCCAGAAGUAAUUCUAGGAGCCCAAGAUCAUCAAGUAAAUCACCAAGAAGAAGUAGUUCUUCUGGUAGAGGAAAGGUGUCUGAACCAGUUAAAAGUCGUUCGUCUAGUCAUAUUAGACGUACAUUGUCCCCAAAAAGAUCUAGGACAAGAACUCCUCUUCGUAAACGAGUUAGUAGGUCUCCUCGUAGAAGUCGGACACCUAAGAAACGCACUAGGAAAUCAAAUUCAUCUCAGAGACGUACUCGAAAACGUAGUGCAAGUCGUCAUAAGUCACGUACUCCUACUGAAAAAAGACAUAGACGUACACGUUCAUCCAUACGUAGAUCUCCAUCUCCUAGAUCACCUCCUCCUAGAAGAGUUACUAGAACUCCAUCUAAAAGUCCUCAAUCUCCUGUUAGGUCUGUAUCCAGGUCACCACCAGUUAGAAGUAAGAGAAGUGUGUCUGACAACAGAAAAAGAAGUAAGUCAGCAAGCCGAAAAAGAAGCCUGUCAGUAGAUAGAAGCAGAAGAAGUAUGUCAAUUGAUCAUAAAUCUCGAUCAGAAAGUAAAAGUAGAAGCCAUACUCCUGGUUCAGUAAGGAGUAGGUCACCCGGAUGGAGAAAAAGUGAAUCAACAUCGCCACCACCAAAUAGACGAAGUACUUCAUAAACUCAAUAAUUAAAAAAAAAAAUUAUGUACUUGUAAGCAUGUACCUACACAAAUAAUUUUAAUUAUCCGUUUACAUUAAAAUUAUGUAAUUUUACUUUAAUUUAAUAUAAAUAUGUAUAUGUUUAUCGUAUCUGGUGUAUAUUAUACACAAUUAUAUUUAA